CAACCUGAUCAAAUCAAAAUAAACGGAGGUAAGUAACUGAUAAGAAAAAUACGAAAGUGAAACCCGGAGUUCGAAAAAUUUUUGCAUUUCUUUUAAUUCUUCAUCAUUUCUUCUGUUUUUCAUCGCUCAUUGUACAUUUACUGAUGGAUGAUGGAGUACUCUUGUGUUCAAACUAUCGAAUGCAACCAAGGCGCUGUACGUGCGGUUCGAUAUAAUGUUGAUGGCAAUUAUUGUUUGACUUGCGGUUCGGAUAAAAGAAUCAAAUUAUGGAAUCCAUCCAAAGGGUUGUAUCUAAGUACAUAUGCCGGUCAUGGUAAUGAAGUACUUGAUGCAGCUAGUUCGUGUGAUAAUAGUCAAAUAAUUUCCUGCGGACUUGAUAAGACAGUUAUAUUAUGGGAUGUAGUCAAGACCCAGCCAUUGCGUCGACUUAGAGGACAUGUUGGUAAAAUUACAUCGAUUGUUUUCAAUGAAGAAUCUACUAUGGCUGUGUCCGGUUCAUAUGAUAAUUCGGUGAUGUGCUGGGAUAUAAAAAGCCGUCAAUAUGCCCCAGUUCAAGUAUUGAAAGAAGCCCGUGACUGUAUUACUAGCGUCAAAGUUACAGAUCAUGAAAUAUUAACCAGUUCGUUAGAUUGUAGGAUUCGAGUAUACGAUAUAAGAAUGGGAUCUUUGAUUGAAGACUAUGUUGGAGAACCUCUCUCUUCAGCCACCUUUACUUCUGAUGGGCAGUGUAUUUUAGUUAGUUGUACGGAUAGCACAGUCAAAUUAUUUGAUAAAAGCUCAGGAGAAAUGCUCAGCGAGUAUACGGGUCAUCGUAUUGGCGAAUAUUACAUCGAAAGUUGUACCGAUUAUACUGAUAGUUAUGUUUUUUCUGGUUCAAUUGAUGGAAGUAUAUGGUGUUGGGAUUUUAUAAAAAUGCAACCAGUUAACCAACUUGUUCAUAAGCAAAAUAGCGUUGUACACUCGAUUUCUCGAAGUCCUACCGAAAAGUCGAUCCUUUCUGCGUCAGGAUCGUGUAUAAAAUUAUGGAGUGCGACAGAAAAACAAUCGGAAGAACAAGAAAUUUAACACCGAAAUUCCAUGUUAUAAAAAAUUAUGCCUAAAUAAAAUUGAAACAAGGUUCUGUGACUUCGAAAAAUCUAGCCAAUUUUCCACUUCGAACAGCGAUUUCGUACGCGGUCUCGUUGCUGUUAUUUUUUAUUCUCGGAUCGAUGUCGGGGUGUAAUAAUAAUGCUUGAAUAGUUUCCAAACUUUGAUUAUUUCCUGCUGCCAAAUGAAGAGGUGUAAUACCUGAAACAUGACGUUGAAAAGUAUUAAGCGAUUAAAAUGAUAUUUUGAUCAUAUUCAAUAUACUACAUUGUACCUC